CUUUUCUCCUCUCCCCUCUUCCCCCAACUUCUUCUCUCAAAGUUACCAUUUCAGCUCCAACAACACAAAAAAGAAAUCAAUCAUUAAUUGACUGCCCUGCCACAUAGUCACCAACAUCAACAUAAACUCAUUGUUAUAAAAUUAAUGAAUAUCGGCUAACAAAGAAGCUGAAUAUUGACAAAUAAAUUUUUAUUGCAUGGCAGUUUCGUUUCGAGUCAAUAUCACUGCGAUUGGAUCAGUGUCUUCGGAGCCGUCGUUGUGAUAAGUUAAAUUGACAAUUUUGAAUUUUGUCAGCAAUAAAAAAAAAUAUUUUUUUUUUAAAAGUGAAAUUUAUGAAAAAAUUUGAAAAAGUUUUGAAAAGUUAAAAUUUUGAAAAAAACUUGGAAAGUUAAAAUUUUGAAAAAAACUUGGAAAGUUUUAAAAAUUUAAACUUUGAAAAAAAAAUCAAAAAGAAAAAUUAAACUUAAAAAAAUGGUGAGCGCCAAUGGACACACAAAGCUCAGCAACGGCGAUGCCAAGAUAGAUACAGAAGAAAAGCCAUACAAAAUGGAGAUAGUUUGGAGAAAUGUGAUAAUUUUCAUUAUUCUGCAUUAUCUAUUCUACAAAGCAAUUGUUGAGUGGGACACGAGGCUCUUUAUAUUCCACUUUGGAUUUGGAAUUAUAACUUCAUUUGGAAUUCCAGUCGGCGCACAUCGGUACUGGGCACACAGAAGCUUCAAAGCAACAUAUCCAUUCCAAGUUCUUCUCAUGAUUUUCCAAACAAUUUGCAUUCAAAAUGACGUGAUUGAGUGGGUUCGUGAUCAUCGAGUUCAUCACAAGUUCAGCGACACUGAUGCAGAUCCAUCAAACUCUAAAAGAGGUUUCUUCUUCUCACAUAUGGGAUGGUUGAUGUGUAAGAAGCAUUCAGAUGUUAGGAAGUAUGGAGCUAAGGUUGAUAUGAGUGAUCUUGAGUCGGAUCCUUUGUUACUGUUCCAAAGAAAGUACUACAUCCCAAUGAUCCUUGUCUUAUCAGUAUUUAUGCCAACUUAUGUGUCUUACAAACUAUUUAAACUUCCAUUUUUACAAUGUUUCUACAUGAAUGCUUUCCGUUAUGUCCUUUCACUACACAUCACUUGGUGCACAAACUCAGUCGCACACAUCGGAAGUUGGAAGCCAUACGAUAAGACCAUUGCAGCAUCAGACUCACGGAUAAAUGGAACAUUUACAUUCGGUGAAGGCUGGCACAACUUCCAUCAUACAUUUCCAUGGGAUUAUAAAGUCUCAGAACUUCCACUUUACAGGCACAACUUCUCAAUUGCUUUUAUUGACUUCUUUGCAUGGCUUGGAUGGGCGACAGACUUGAAAAUUGCAUCUGAUGAUUUGAUCAGAAAGAGAGUGAUGAGGACGGGCGAUGGAAGUCAUCCAUAUGCUGUUGAAGCAGCUAGACAGAACAAGUUGAAUGAGGAUUAUUUGAAUAAUAAUAAUUGUAAGAUGAAUGGAAAUGGAAGGUGCAUUGAGGAGUCGGAGGUGUUUUGGGGAAUCGGUGACAAAGACAUUCCAAAAGAAGAAAUCGACGGCAUAACAACCUUAUGCAAGAAAUAUGAUUCAUGAUCAGAUGCCACAACAUAAAAAUAUUCAUUAAAAAAUCCAUCCAGUCUUCCGACAGAAAAAAAACUAAUUUUAAGCCUCAAUAUGCAACAGAAAAACCUGUUUUAGUCGACCUUGACAGUGAAAGUUUUUACUUCUUAUUUUUGGUUAGCACUCUUAAUUUUUAUUCAAAUGCAGCAGACGGCAAUAUUUAUAUUAUAACAGAAUUGGGCAGAGGAAGAAAGUCAAGAUUGCAUAAUUUAUAAUGACUAAGUUUGGUGUGAAUCAGAAUAAGAAAAUAAAUUGAUGAUAAAAAUUAAUGAUCAUCGGUCUAAAAGACAACUUAAAUAAAAUAUUGGCAAAAUAUAAAAAAAAUUAUUUAAAAUAGCAAUAUAUAUUCUAGAUACGGUUUAAUAAAGUUACUAUUAAAAAAAAUAUUUUACUGUUUUUUGUUG